UAAAUUAUAAAGCCGCCAUUCUCAAUUAUCAACUGGGAAAGAAAACCCUAAACUCUCCAGCAGCCGCAGCUGAAAAAGAGGCUAUCGAAGCACGAACUUCAGCAAUGUCUCCAGCUAAAGUUGACAACAGCAAGAAAAAGGCCGAUCCAAAGGCUCAAGCAGUGAAGGCUGCUAAGGCUGUGAAAUCCGGUGUGACAUUUAAGAAGGCUAAGCCUAAGAAGAUCAGGACGAAAGUUACAUUUCAUCGGCCAAGGACUUUGAAAAAGGAUAAGAACCCUAAAUAUCCCCGCAUCAGUGCUCCACCGAGAAAUAAGUUGGAUCAGUAUCAGAUCCUCAAGUAUCCUCUGACUACCGAGUCCGCAAUGAAGAAAAUUGAGGACAACAACACCUUGGUUUUCAUUGUUGACAUCCGUGCUGACAAGAAGAAGAUUAAAGAUGCCGUGAAGAAGAUGCACGACAUUCAGACAAAGAAAGUGAAUACUUUGAUCAGGCCUGAUGGAACAAAGAAGGCAUAUGUUAGGUUGACUCCAGAUUAUGAUGCCUUGGAUGUCGCAAACAAGAUCGGAAUUAUCUAAGCGAUCGAAUGAUGUUUUCUGUGCUUUCAACAGUUUUGUUGCUAUGCUUGGAUUUGUUUUCGGGUCGGCUUAAUGUUUUUCCUACUGAAAUUAUGCAUGGAAUUUGGAUUAAGAUUUGCACUCUUGAUGCCCUGUAUGAAUGGUUUUUCCAUUUUAAUUAGGGUAAGCUACCCCAUUAAUAACCAAACUAUUGGGUGUUCA